UAUGUAGUACAUCGUAGUGGACAGCAGGGGCAUCAAAGGGUACGUUUCUAAAUGUUAUCGUGAGAUUUCACCGGUCACCUAAAUUCAACCCCUGAACCCUGACAGACAGAGCGUUUGGAAAGGAUUAAACGACUUCAGAGUAUGUUAUCUUAUCUUUUUGUAAGGCGUUUAUGCCUAUCUGCUAUUGGAGAGACAGCAUGCGGCAGCGGAAGGAGGCCAAUCACAAUUCAGUGUUGCAAUGUAAGGACGUCAGCUGUCAACUACAAAGAUGUCUCACCUGACCCCGAUUCGGUGGUGUCUUAUGAGAAGAUGCAAUCCAUGAUGUCCAGCAAAGAUAUCCAGUUGUUUGAUGUGCGCAAUCCUGAUGAAUUCCAAGCUGGACGCAUCCCUGGCUCUAUUAACAUUCCACUGAAUAGCCUGGAGCAAUCACUGAAGCUAUCUCCACAACACUUUGAGCUUCUAUUUGAAGCAAAAGCCCCUGGGAAGGAGGAUGACAACAUCGUUUUCCACUGCCAAGGGGGUCACAGAAGUGCAUCAGCACUGGGGAUUGCCAAAAGACUUGGCUACAUGAGGGCUCGGCACUUUGCGGGAGGAUACCGCGAGUGGGCAGAACGAGACAAGUAAAAGGUCGAGGUGGUGUGGUUUGUUUUGCCAACCAUUAAACAGGAAAAUGGAAGCCAUGCAGUUACUGUAAAUGUCAAACCGAAGGUUAUUAUAUACUUCUCCGGGGAAAUUAUUGACCACUCCCAUAGACUUACUUUCAAUUCAGUGUGGCUGCUUGGAAAACACGAAGCAAUAUCUCUGUAUCUGGUUAAGAUUGGAAUUGUGUUCACUCCAUUCCUUUACUAAUUGGAUUUCAUUUUGAUAUGGGCUGAGAUAACAACUGUUUAAACCAAUGUGAUAAUGACAAUGUGAUGGUAAUUUAGUCAUUAAAGUUUAUCUUGAUGAUCCGUGUAUUUCAAUAUCUACAAAGAGAAGUUAUCUGACACAAUCGAUGUCUGUGUUAUUUUCAUGUUGAAUAAUUAGGUGUCCUCAUGGCCCACAGUGUUUUCUUUAUGUCAAUUUUUUUCAAAAUAUUCCCCUUUACACCACAAGGUGGCACCAAUGCAAUGUGUUUCUCUGUUCUGGUAAAAUGACACUCAUAACAGUGUAUGUUUACAGCCCUGAACGAAUAGGCAAGGCCACAGGUGCUGAAGAGAACAUUUAGGCUUAUCAGUAUGGUUGUGGCCAACAGCAGCUUUGUGAAGAGGUGUCAACAAGUCAGUCAACCCAAGGCUGCUCUGUUUCCCAUCAGCCUUGACAGCUGGCACUAUGACAGCCACCAUCCCAGCUGCAGCACUGUCAAUCUACUCGUAUGUACCAACAAGGAAAUAAAAGCAUUGAGGAGAU